AAAUAUUCUGUCGUCAGUUCCAGUGCGGACGAGGCAUCGCGUGCGAGCGCUAGCCGGCUCUUGACGGUGACGGGUUAGGAACGCGUCUCUCGGCCCCAUUCGACCGGUGCGUUCUCCUGGCAGCUGUCGCGUGUUCACCCUCCCCACCAACCUCCCCCCUCUUCCAACCCGUUCCGCCACCGCGUGCACGCAGUGUUGAAGAAGUACUUACUACGCAACAAACAGUGACGAAUCUGUCUGUGGUGCUGCUAGCCGACUAACACAGCGCCAGCCAGCCACCACGGCCGAGAUUCAAGCCAGCAUCUCCUCUGUCGCAAAGGUAGGCUGCACUUUCGUGGACGAGGGCCUGUUCUUUAAGUAAGGCUACACUGGUGUUCAUCUUGGCUGAAAAAUACCUGCGGCUGUUACCAAUGCACUGCGUCUACGUGUGAGAAAUAUCGGGGCAGUGAGAGUCCAAUUGCAGGGAUUCCAGUGAUAGUGGGCGCCAUACUGGGUGGCGAAGAUCGCGGCGGCAGAGCGCGCCAUGAAGCUCAGCAAGGUGGGCAACCAGACCAACUCCCAGGACCCGCAGGCGGUCAACUCGCGCGUCUUCGUCGGCAACCUCAACACCUUCCAGUGCAGCAAGACGGACGUGGAGCGCAUGUUCCAGCGCUACGGCCGCAUCGCCGGCAUCUCGAUGCACAAAGGAUACGCCUUCGUGCAGUUCACGAACCCGUUCGACGCCCGAGGCGCCUGUCUUGGGGAGGACGGAAGGACAGUGCUCGGACAGACGCUAGAUGUAAACAUGGUAGCUGAGCCAAAACCACACCAGACUGGUAGGAAAAGGCAAAAUGUUGCGAAAACCGGGAAUGACUGGGAUUAUUACUACGACAGCUACUACGCCUCGGCGUCCUUCCCGCCGGGUCCGCCGAGGCUGGUGCCGCCGCUCAAGAGACCUCGCCUCAUGGUGCCGCCCGCCCGCCCCGUGGUCAAGCAGUCGCCGGCGCCCAAGCAGCAGCAGCAGCCCAUCAGCCAGCUCAAGACCUACAGUAAUCCCGACAUACUCAUCUGCGGGAACUGUCGGGAGAUGUUCACGGAGCUACAGGAACUUCUGGACCACAAAAAGACGUACUGCAAGCUGCGUUUCGCUUGCAAGUGCCACACCUUGAACGGCGUCAAGACAAAGUCGGCCGGCGACGACCUCACCUCGGCGAUGCUGCUGUGCGUGGCGUGCAAGGACUGCUUCCGCAGCCCCUGGGACCUGAUGGUGCACGUGCAGGCGGCGCACAUGAUGAACAUCUACGAGCUGGGCGUGCCCAAGGCGGCGGCGGCGGCGGCGGCGGCGGCGGCGGAGGGCGACGACGACCUCGCCAAGAGGGGCAGGGGCUGCUCGCCCGCCGCGUCGCCCAGUCCGCGGUCCUCCGACGGCAAGGAGAAGGAGGACGGCGGAGAGCGCGAGUGCACGCCCAGCUUGGACGACGAGGACGACGCCGCGGACCUGGCGGCCCACUACAACAACAUGGCGUCCCCGGACGCCGACAAGGACGACGACGCCGACGCCCCCGCCGGCCGGGCCUGCAUCGUGCACACGCUGGCCAUUGAACAGACGACCGUGAACAAGAAGAGUUCAGCGGCCGAGAAGUCUCCCAUGAAGGUGUCGAUCACGAACGGCGACAUAAGCACGCAAGAGUGACUGCGAAGCCUGCAGUUCUAAACAAUCAGUGGGUCGAGAAUCUGUACAUAGUCGUGUUGUAAUUUUUUUUGGGGGGGACAAAUGACACGUAAAAAAAAAAUAUUUUAUUGUUAAUAUUUGAGACUUGCUUCGUGUGCUUGUGAUCCAGUGACCAAUGUUAUAAAGAUAGUUAAGUUUU